CCAGGGGCAACCCAAGAAAGCGUCGGGGCGGAGUUGCUGUCGGAGACAACAUGGAGGAACCGACGACCGCGGAAGGCACCUUCUGCUUGCAGCAGGUUACAAUAACUGAAAGUUCUGAAGAUGACUAUCAAUAUGAAGAGAUUCCAGCAGAUGAAGAUUUUAGUCUACAGGAAGGCGAUGAAGAUCUGGCAAAAGCUUUACACACAAUGCACGAACAGUCUAUUGAUGCCCAAAUUAUGGCUCAACGGCCAGGCCACAUCACUAAACAGCCUUUGUCUGAAACACCUGAAAUUGUAGAUGACUUUCUUUGUAAUUUUUUAAUCAGAAUGGGAAUGAACAGGACCUUAGACUGCUUUCAGACUGAAUGGUAUGAAUUGAUGCAGAGAGGUGUUCUUGAACCUAAAGAUGUUGGAUUUGUUCCAGAUGCCUAUAUUUGCAAUCAGCAUUUGGAGAGGGAAAAUAUAUAUUUGAAGAAAGAAAUGGAGAACUAUAAAUUUGCAGCUAAUAAAGCUAAAGAUGCACUACUAAAAAUGCAGAAAGAGCGUGACUUCCAUAGAAUGCAUCAUAAAAGAGUAGUCCAGGAAAAGAACAGACUCAUUAAUGACAUUAAAAGGCUAAAGACACACUAUGCAUUGUAUGAGCCUAUGUUAAGACAGCUGAAUGAAAAGUAUGAGAUUCUACUAAGAGAGAAAAUGCUUACAAGUUUGGAACGAGACAAAGUUGUUGGGCAGAUUACUGGCUUGCAAGCGACUUUACAAAGCUUGGAAUCUGGAAACAACAUUCACAUUCCUGUGAUGAAAGUUGGUCAUUGGUGUGAUAGAGAGGCUGGUUUAGUGGGACCUUCCCACAGAACACUUAGACAAGCCAAGGAACAGAAAGUGCAUUCUGCCGUUAAUGUACAUGAUUCAGCCAAAGAUCCAGCAAAACAGAUCAGCAAGAAAUAUCCAAAGGAUUCAGAAUUUCCUGAAGGUAUCCAAGUAAAUCCAUACCUUGCUUGUGCAAAAAAAUGUGUGCGGCCAUUGAAGUCUGGAAUAUAUAGACUGAGCAACACAUUGAAAGUUCAUGAUUUGGCAGUUACCUGCUUGGCUUUACAUCCAAGAAAAGAUAUUGUUGUCACUGGAAGUGAUGAUCGCUUAUGGAAAAUGUGGGCCUUUCCUAAUGGGAACAUUAUUGUGAAGGGUGAAGGCCACACAGAUUGGCUUUCUGGAUGCUGCUUCCAUCCAAGUGGAUCCAAACUUGUUACUUCAAGUGGAGACAAAACAGUUCGUGUAUGGGACUUCACGACGGGUGGGUGCGUUCUGAAACUAGAAGGUCAUAGCUAUGCAGUUUUGGAUUGUUCUUGGCAUUCAUGUGGUGAUUUUGUUGCAUCUGCCUCUAUGGAUGAAACAAGCAAAGUCUGGGACCUGAACAGUGAACGGUGCAGGUAUACCUUGCGUGGACACAAGGAUUCAGUAAACAGCAUUGAGUUCUUUCCUUUCUCCAAUAUUAUUCUCACCAGCUCUGCAGACAAGACUUUAUCUCUGUGGGAUGCCAGAAUGGGACUUUGUGCUCAAACAUUCUAUGGUCACUUGCAUUCCUGUAACCAUGCCACAUUCAACAUGAAGGGUGAUACAAUUGUUUCCUGUGAUUCUUAUGGUGUAUUGAAACUAUGGGAUGUUCGGAGGGGAGUCCCAAUGGUCUCCAUUGAUGCUGGUCCGCACCCUUGCAACCAGGUGGCUUUUGAUCCUUCCGGUCAUAUUGUGGCUGCUGCAAGCAAUGAUGGAACCGUUAAGACUUUGGAACUCAAAUCGGGACAUCUUUCCAGCUUAUUGGGCCAUGAAGAUAAAGUUCAGAGUGUUAUAUUUGAUCAUAUGGCAGAACAUCUAAUUUCAGGUGGUUCUGAUGGCACUAUUCGUAUUUGGAAUUGAGACUAUUUCUCAUAGCACUGAAAGUGGCUUAUAAUGCCCUAAGCUGAAAUAAACAAUUACAUUUUACAUUAAGUAAAAUCUCUAUAUUUUACUUAAAUAGAAACAAUAUUUCAAACUUUAUUUUUCUUGUAUCUUUUGUCAUUCUUUAAAUAUGUAUUAAAAUAUAUACAAUUUGCCAUUUUCCUGGAGAAAUAGCUUUAUAUUGACAUCUAAUGACAGAAAACAUGAACUGCAGAGAACCCCUACCCCACC